AUGAAAAAGGCAAGGAAAAUGAAGCUGCAUACAUUGAAUCCACUAUUACCGGGCGGCGGCGGACAAACAGAGCUGGGCAUUGACCAACAAGAUGAUGAUAGUGACAGUGGUAUAAGUCAGGUGUAUAACCCAGUCAGUACAUACAGACGCGCACAGUUCUCUCUUCCAGACAUUGCAAAAACUGAACUAGCAUCAAAGCUUUUAGCCGCCACUCCAGCUCAUCCAGCUCACAUUAAGGCCAGAGUUCUAUGGAGAUAUAAUGCUGUUGAACGAACAGACUUACAAGUCGAAAAAGGCGAAAUUAUACUACUUCUUUACCGAGAAAAAAGCAAGGUUUAUGCAGUCAACAACAAAGGAAAAAGUGGAUUUAUACCCUUUAAUUACUGCACUGUAUUAAGGAAAAACGAUUUUGUGUCAAAUUUUUACCAUCCACAAAGUGAGAGAACAAACUACGAAAAAUGUUCAUGGCAAACAAAUGGCUGCCAUCACGAGUUUAUAGAUGCCUCUUAUUACUCAAGAACAGUUACUUCCACUAAUUCUCAUAUUCAUCGAAGUCGGAGUGAGGAAUCUCUUUGUUCUCACAACGACUGUGAGUCGCUAAGUAGGAAAAUUUCAUCGUCACUAGAAGACUUAUCCGACGACAAUCGAAUUGCCACGAUGAUGUCCGAUCUUAUUAACUGGGAUCGCAAAGCUCCUGAGACCUACAGGCGUCGGCAGAAAGUUCAAGUGAGCCAUUUCCGAAAGUUUGAAAAUGAGUCUGUAAUGGUUUUAUUUGACUUUCAUGCCGCUGAUGAGAAUGAUGUGGACGUUCAGCGAGGAGAAGUCGUGACGGUUUUCAAUAGAGAUGAUCAGGAUUGGUGGUGGGUAAUGAGAGAUGACGGGUUGGAAGGAUUCAUUCCAAGUUCUUAUGUGUCUAUUGAAGCAGUUCGAAUGUCUCCAGGUAAGUCUUCGAGGCUAUUCAAAUAGUCUCCCCGCAGAAAAUUUACUUGAACUUCAGACAUUAACUGUGUUUUAAAAGAAAGGAAGUGCUACUAAAUUCAGACGAGGUACACAUGUUUAGGUGCUCGCCGACUUCUAUAAAUCUCAUGGUCACUGAAGACAUCUUAAACUUUUCAGAUUUUUCCUGCUGUUGUCAUUGUUUUGGUUUCACGUCACAUUACAUUUUUAUUUUUUAGAAUGCACACCAAGGAGUACAGAUAGUUCAGUUGGUAGCUCAGAGGGAAGCAUUAAUCAAGUCAGGUUCCAAGAUCCACUCUGCACUAUACACAGUUACGAGAUAGAGCACUCGGACUCAGACUCUGUUGGACCACAUGAAACACAUGACUCAGAUGACGAGGAAAUGUACAUGGACUCAAAGUGGAGUACGUGGUGUUGAAGUAAAAAUGUAAUAGGGUUCGUCACUUGAGCAUAGAUAACUUCAUUACUAUUAAGAGAUGUGAAGUGUAAGAGACAAACUGUUUAUCAGAUAAACCUACUUUUAGGGAAGUUUUCAAAUCUUUAUUUGGUUUCUUUUCAUCAGCCUUGUGUAAAUCCGAAAUAUUUUUUUUGCCAUCAUUUUUGCAAGCUGUUGAAGGAAAUUUUCUCCAGCCGCUAAAAAACAGCAAUUUCAGCUUACCACAGGCUAGUUCAUCUUUAUAAACAUGUAAACGUAAAUUUUCUGUGGGAAACUCAUCCAGCUCCUUAUCGUGUGCAUUUCCUUUAGGACUAAUGUAAUAAGAAAGAAUUAAAAUUUAUGUAAGUUCUUAAACUGUUGUAUUCAAGUUUGUGAGAUGGCAUCAUUUCUAUCCUUGGUAUAAAUAUUAUUCCUGAAAAUUGAUCCAUGUUUAUGAUAAAAGCAAACAUAACUUAGGUAGAAUUACCUCCGGGGUUUGUACCCUUUUCUCCGUUGAAGGCCGAUGUUUAACUGAUUCGCAGGCCCGGUAGUAGCUUCAGAUUUCGCUGAAAACUAAUAUUUUGAUACUUACUCACUCUGCUUAUCAGCCUGGGGUUAUAUUUCCCCUACUGAACUUAUCGUUCUCUUACCCAUUUUCCCUGGCCGAUUGGCCAAGUGGAUUUAAAACAAUCUGGGUACAAUCCAUACUUCCGGCCGGCGUCACUUUACGAAGGGUUAAACUGAUAUCUUUUUCCUUUUCUUUUCUUUCGCGCUGAAACUCGUCUUUCUAUAUUAUCAAUUGGACUGUGGAUAUAACUUGUUCUGAGCUGUAAACGGUUUAUUCAGACCUUUCUAUUGGUCCUCGGUAGACACCUCUCUCUGCUCUUAUUUCCUCGCUCUCUUGGUGGUAAUCUAAGCGAAAUUAGUAUAAAUCUACAAGCGCUCUAUCGCAAAUGUCGUAACCUUAUUGGCUGCAUAGCUCACUCUCUGUUCCAUGAUGGAUAGUGAGUGUGAUACAGUUUUCAACUGUAAAAGUCAAAGUAGUUACGAUGUUGAGAAUAGAAGAUCAAAUGAGGGAAACCAACGCGCCAUGCCGAUAUUUCAAUGGAGCCUUCGUUAAGUAUUUAAUCACCUUAGUGGUUACAUGAUAAAAUGAAAAGAGUAGCAGUGAAGUAUGUUCGCAAGUUCUAAAAGGUUAAAAUUCUUACAAUUCUCUAAAAAAUAUUCUAUCAAAGUCUGAAGUGACUUGAGGUUGGUUAAAAUCUUAAGAAUAUAAGUUUUCACCUUUGCUUUUAAAUAGAUAAAACGUAUGUCUUUUCUUAGGCAAUUAUUGGCCAGGCUGUUUCAGUCUUCAUUAUACACGUGGUGUGACCUUAGUUGUAUCAUUACACAAUAAAACACGAAACUGAAACGUUUGACUGGUCGAUUUAUUUCAGGUCAAUGAUAACAGUAAUGGUAACAAUAAUAAUGAUAAUAAUACCAAAGACCAUAGUGAUGACAAUGAUGUUGGUAGAGACCUUGAAAACAUUACAAAGAGAAGGAGCUUCAACUUUUAUUAUUUUUUUUGUUCUGAGACAUAACUUAAGUUUCACUAUUUGAAAAAAUGUUAAAUAUGAACUUUUUCUGUGGAGAAAAAAAAAAUGUGCAUGUCAGGAGUGGGAUUCGAACCCACGCCUCCAUUUGGAGACCAGAACGCUCGCUCUCGUGAGGCACGAGAAGGAUAUUAUCCUUGAGUCUGGCGCCUUAGACCGCUCGGCCAUCCUGACAACACGUUGGAAAAUGAUUCAUUUUCAGUAUUUAUUAAUUUACUAUGAUAUUUGAAUAUUUCGAUCAUUCAAAGUAGUAAAAGUUUUGUUUUUCACCCACAUUUAUUUCUAUCUAUGGGUAAGUCUCGUUUUCUUCGAGGCUCUCCUAAGUUUUGUACGGCCUAAGGGAAUCUUUCAUUCUCUGCAUUACUACGACGCGCUAGAAGCUUUCGGACUGGAACCUAGUUUGGCGAAUGCAAAGAAGUAAUGGCCUAAAGUGCCUGAACGAUAUAAAUGAACAGUAAUAACUUGUUUUUUAAACUGGGGAAAGUGAUUAUUUGCACAAAAUAUUACAGCCCUGACUUAUUUCAUGAACGAGGAUCAAGAGAGACCGUGAGAUGUGUUUCACUCGUGGAGAAAAGUGAAGGGAAACAUGCUCAGUGUUUAAAAGUGACAUUGAAUGCUAAUACGAUCUUUGCCAAGUUACUUUGGCAACAGAUCACUACCUCGCGUUUCUUUGGUGUUCAUUUAUCAUCAUGGCUUUAUUCCCAGUUGAGAAGCAAUACUGAAAGAAACGGUGAGAGAACUUUGAUUUUUACUGGGAACUGACAAUCGUUGAUUUUACACAUAAAUACCACAGCGUACCUACAAUGUGGGAAAGGAAAUUAGGAGUUACUCUUUUUAACAAAAUCUGCUUCACGUACAACACCCAAAAAAUAUGAACUACUUGAAUGAUCGCAAAAUUUACUGAUGCAUAUCUACUUCAAAGAAGGAAAACACCAAGCAUUCAAUGGGGAGGUUUCAAUUAAAAUCGAAUCAUGAAAUUCUCCUCCCACCUUCCCUAAAAUCCAUUCCCAAUCUGGUAUGAUAGACCUUGAUGUCAGCUUUCUAACUUUGGCAGCCUGGUACUAUGGAGGGGUUGAAGAAGAGGUCUCAUUCCUCCAAAAUCCCUCUUCCUAAGGCAGAGCACAGGCAGAAGAAGGUCAAAUCACAUCAAACUGUGUGCCAUUACUAUUAUGGUUUCUCGUGAUGAUGUGACCUCAGCAUCUAGGCUGACAUGGUUAUGGCAAGUUGGAUUUUGCUGCCUUUUUGAUGAGCUUGGGUGCCAUGUUUAUCAUUAAUUUAUAAUUGUAAUAGGAUCAAGUGAAGUCCAAUGUGGUCUGUAAUUAUACAAGUGAUUAACAAAAUCAGACAACCACAAAGCAAGAGUCCACUUUGUCAAUCACUCUUAUAAGUACAGACAGAAUUGGAUGAAAUAAAGUCCUGAUACCAAUUAAUCAAAACUAUGACAAAGUUUGGGAAAGGAACUAGACAUUGGUGAUAUGUUUUUAUAAAAAAAAAACAAAAGUUAAUGUAGCAAAAUGCGAGACAACAGCACGCACACAUGAUGCGUUCUGUCCACUUACACAGACAUUUCAUGCUAACUGCCCCUUUAACUGUCAAAUUACAAGCAUGAUGCACAGACUGUCCUAGUAGUGUUCAGAUGGCUCCCCCCCCCCCUUCCCCAAAGCAAUUCUAGGCAUUUGAACUUUUAAAGAUUGGUUCAUUCAAAGUUCUGUCCCCUGCGCACCAAAAUUGUGUUCAAAUGCCCCACCAAAGAACCUGAUUUGAUCGUCAUUUUUUUAGUAAAAGGCAAGAUUAGCAUUGGUGUAUUUCUUGUAGACUUUUUCUUCAGAGCCAUCUACUUGGGAAAGUGAACUUUUACCUUUAAACACCUUCAUAUGAAAAGAUAAAACACAUUUAUUCUGUUGAAAAGACUUGAUAGUUCUGUUUCAAAUUACUCACCUCAACCAGGCAAGGUUCAAAUUCCCCACUCCACAAUGCUUGGAUAAUAAUCAAAUGCCUGUAGGUUGUGCUUCUUAUAAGACUGUGGAAAUUAAUUGAUUGUUUCAGAAGCUUCCAGCUAAUAAAGGCAAAUUUGUGGUUACUAAUCAAUCUCAGGAAUGUUACAAUUAUGGUAUAAGUUAAUAUUAAAAUUUUUAGUCAGGGCAGUCUACAUCACUAUAGCUCCACUUCAGGCUGCAGUGCACUUUGAUUAUUCUUUUUCCCUUGUUUGAAAUAACUUAAGGCUUUCUAUUCCUAUUUUCCUCUCUGUGCUGCAGAGCAGCUGUCCUCUGCCUUUAAUGGCGUGAUUGAUCUUGGUGAAUCAUGUUCAAUCAAUAUACAAGGAGAGCUAAGCCAGAUGAAGAUUCCAACAUUUUGUAAAAUUGUGGUGAACAUUGGUGUUCAGCCUUUAGCACGUUUAUGUCUGGAGCCUGAUCUCAGGUGGUAGGUGUAUCAUUGAAGUAUUGUUAUUCUCUCCUCAUUGUACCUUUAUAGUAGGAGAUAUUUAUUUUACUGAUUGAAAGUUUUGGAUCAUUACUCAUUCACAUUAAUGGUGAAUUUGUAGGUCAAAGCGACUUGUAGCUGAGCUUGUAGAGUUCAUGCAGUUACAAGAUGUGAUGGCAUGGUUGUCAACCUUAGGAGGGGCAUAUUCUGCAAUGGGAGACCAUCUUUGUAAAUAUGUGAGUGAUCUUAGACUAUGGGCAGUUGAAGCAGAUGUUGACUACAAUCACUCUAUGUUCACUUGACUUUUAGCGAAGUUGUAAUUAUUUUCAAUUACUAAGCUGGUUGGGUGUCUUUGAUAGUUCGUAACUAGACUGAAAUGUGAUUCCCAGAAUUAAUUUAUCACUAGAUUGCUGUAAACUUAACAAGUGAAUCAAUGAUCACUGAACUACUGGAAAUAGUACAAUAAUUAGUGACUGUGGAAUAAUGGUCUUACAAGCUAACUCUUACUGGUGUCAUAAAUUCUAAAUUUUUUGUUUUUUCACAGUCUGAGAAAGCUGGUCAGAUCUCUCAACAUCAGUUACUUGUGGCCUUGAGAUUAGGGAAUCCAAUUCUUGUGGCACAGUGCAAAGUCUUUGCUGCAUUUAGUUUUAUACAACGUGGACAGCUGAAACUAGCAGCUAAGAUAGUAAGGUAUAUCACUAAAAAUUUGUCAUCAAAAUAAUACUCUGGUUUUUGAAAAUAAAACAAGAUACUCUGUUAUCAGAGGUGAAACAAGGAAGUAAAAACAAAUUGUCUUAAUUAGCCUUAUAUGUGGUAAGUCAAAUUGAAAAUUUUAUUUUAUAUAGCCAGACAGCCAUGCAGAGUCAGUUAGUCAUCCAUGCAACCACAGCCUUCAUGCGGCUAGUCUCACCUGCUGGCUAGUUCUUAGUAAUUUGUUGUUUUCAUGGUAAAUCACCUAGUUAUAAUCAUGGGUAAUUUAGUAUUAUUAACUGAGCUAAUAAUGUACACUGGCCACUGUAAAGAGUUUAAAAACUGAUGUUUCGAGCUUUAGCCCUCUGUCAGAGUGAUUGGAGGAGUUGUGGGUUGUGUAUGGGUAUAUAUGCAGAAAAUGGAGCUAUGCUAUUGGUGGGAGUAUGGUGAUAAGAAAACAAGUAUAAAUUAGUUGAAUGAAAUGCAUUUGAUACUGUGGGGAUUAAGAGUGCUGAUUUAAAAGAUAACUUUAUACCAUUGCAUUACUUUUGGCAAUAAGUGCAAUCUAUAACCCUAAGCCUAGGUGUGAGGGUGGAAGUGAGAGUGAAUAAAAUCCAAUCAGUAUUUUCUUUCUCAGCUGUUUGUAGUACUAGUUAUACAUUGGUAAAACAGGAAGACAAGUAGGUGACUGAUUCUGAGAACACCUUUGCAACUUAGAAAGAAAUGGCAUGGACAUCAGUCACUGGACACUUUAAUCUCCCCAAUCAUUCUUAGCAGAAAAUGGCAGUUUGCAGUCUUUCCCUACAUCUAGACAGUUUAGAAAGCUGCAAAACUCUAGAACAAAAAUUUAUCUUUUAAAUUGGCACUCCUUAUCCUCAUGGUAUCUAUGAGCACUUUUUAUUCAACUAAUUUAUUCUUGUGUUUUGGUCACCAUAUUCCCACCAAUAGCAUAGCGCCAUUUUCUGCAUAUAAACCCACACACAACCCACAAUUCCUCCAAUUGCUCUGACGAAGGGCUAACACUUGAAACGUCAGCUUUUCAACUCAUUAUGGUGGCCAGUUUAUACUGUCAGUCAUUUAGUUAGUUAGCUUUUAGUGCACCGAUUAGCUGGAAGGAACGUUUUCAAUCUUAUUCAUUCGUUUAAUGUGCUCUUUCAGGGAGCAGUACACACUUGCAACAUCUCAUGGUGCUGGAAGAGAUGAUAAGGUAAGUGACAAGCUGGGUAAAGUUUGUCAUUCAGUCAGGAGGACUAGAAAUAAUUAUGAUAAAAAUAAUAAUAAUGAUCAAGAGAAUAAAUGUUACUUAUUUAUUUAUAUUGUGUUCAUUAGUUUAUUUUAUGAAAUUAAAUUUUAGGGAAUAAUUUCAAAAUAAUAAUUCCUCAUUAUCUCAAAUUGUUCAACACUUAACUGCUGUCAUUUUUGUUUCAUAAUAUCAGCUGAUAUCGUCAUGUAAAGCUGCUUGGCACAGAAUAAAACACUUGAAAAAACAGAAAAAGGUAUCUUUAUUAAAGCUAAGACCUGUUUAAGACAGAAAAACUGUUUCUAGGUGGUUAAAGAAUUUACCUUAGGGAAUAAUAUUGAUUCCUACCUAGAUUUACUACUAGGUUAAUCUAUUGAUUGUCUAAUUGAUUCAUUUAUUGAUCACUCAUUGGGUGCAAUAAUUGACUUAUAUAUGUCCUGAUACACCUGAUUGGCUAGCAUAACCAAGUGCUAAAUUGUUAGAUGUUUGUUCAAGGCAAAGAAGGGCUGGAAAAAUUAAUGUUUUUCUCGCUAUGUUGCCACACAAAUGUUAGGUUAUAUCACUCACACUAUUUCAAUUUUUUACUUUUUUUAAUCCUUAGAUUGACCAAGAAAUCAUGAAAUCAAUCACAUGAUAUGGAGCAUUUAGCUGUUUUGAUGUUCCCCAUCUGGUCUUGCCAAUAUUUGUCAUCUUAUUGCUGGACAAACUUGUAGUAAUUUGUCACUCUUCUUCAAGAAGCAAUUGGAGGAGAUUUCUGAAUGAAUGCAAUGUACCUUGCAAGUAACUUACAGACAACUGAUGAUAUUGAAAAUUAUACUAUCAGUAUUAUAACAGUUCUUUACUCUGCUGACAAUUUCAGUAAAGGACAGUGAGGCAAAUGCAACCAGCAGGAUAUCUUGUGUCCGAAGGCUGUUAUAAAUUUGAAAUGUAAUUUAGAAAAGCCUGUCUAAGGACCCAUACAAACAAUAAAACAAAACCAUGUAUGACAAAAAUUACCCAUUAAAGUAAACCAGUUAACCUUCAAACAUGAAAGUUUACAGGCUGAGCUUGCAUGCAGUUAGUGACAUUAAUGUGGGUUAUUUGAGGGACAAUCACCAAUUUGGAAGAAUUAAAACUUAAAAUGUAGGUUUAGUGCUGUGAGG